AUGAAAUUUAGCGGGUUGAAGUCCACUGCGGCUCUUUGGAUAUGCCGUCAAUUAUGGGCAUCGUGUUGUGGACUAUCUGACGAUGAAGAAGUCGAGAUUCCACAUGAAAGCCAUAUAUUUGAAAAUGAAUCCAAUCUCACGGAAGUUCAACUCGAGCCAGUGAUAGCUGAGCCACAAUCCCCAGUCCACUCCCUCAGCGCCGAUAUCCUGUACUACCUUGUAGUAUCCUUCCUGCCCCUGGUGGAUACAGCCUCGCUUGCACUGACCUGCAAAGCCGCUUUCAUAGCUGUGGAUGGAACAAGAGUUCUUCAAGAGUUGCGAGCCGAGCCUUCAUAUCGGAUAAACUUUCUGCAGCGGCUGGAGCUCGAAUUUCCAGACCAUAUCCUUUGCUAUCUCUGUGUAAAAUUUCAUCGCCGGUUACGGGAUAUCUGGCAACCCUGGCUACCUUGUAAUUCUGAGUGCGGGCUCAUACACUUUGGGCAGUGGAAAUUUAUAUUCCCCUAUAGGUAUGCCAAAGAGGUUGUGAAUCAUUAUCGGUUUGGUCCACGACACGGACGCAGCGAGCAUGAUCUGGUGCCCCAGACGCAAUAUCCCAUGUUCGAACCAGAUAAGGACAUCAAGGGAGUUGACUGCAUGGAUAUAAAGUGUGUUGACAAUGGGGGUGGCGUCAACCUAAAAUUCAGGCGUAUCGAAGGCAAGGGCAACUCAAGUAGCGUUGAUAAACUAUCCACAUCUUUGGAGUUCAUUUGA